AGGUCACUGGGCCGCCUGGCUGGCUGCUGUCACUUGCGCCCUGUGCCCGGCUCGGCUCAGCUCGGCUCGCCCGUUUCCCGCAGCAGCGCCACCGGGCAAGGCUCUCCAUCCCCCAUCAGAGAGACCAUAUGGGCUCGGAGACCAUCUGCCCGUGGAGGGGCCCCCUGCCUCACCUCCAGGUGUGGACCUGGAUCGAGCCCGUGGUGGCCACCUCCCAGCUGGCCACCUCCCUGUACGACGCGGGGCUGCUCCUGGUGGUGAAGGCAUCCUUUGCAGUCGGGGUUUUCUCCAACCACAGCACCAGCCCGUCGCCUCGGGGGGCUCUAGAGGACCAAGAGCAGAAGGCCAUCUCCAACUUCUAUAUCAUCUACAACCUUGUGAUGGGCCUGGCGCCCCUGCUGUCGGCCUACGGGCUGGGCUGGCUCAGUGACCGCUACCACCGCAAGAUCUCCAUCUGCGUGCCGCUGCUGGGCUUCCUGCUCUCCCGCCUCACGCUGCUGCUCAAAGUGCUGCUGGACUGGCCUGUGGAGGUGCUGUACGGGGCGGCGGCGCUGACCGGGCUGUGCGGUGGCUUCUCGGCCUUCUGGUCGGGGGUCAUGGCCCUGGGGUCCCUGGGCUCCUCCGAGGGCCGCCGCUCCCUGCGCCUCAUCGUGAUUGACCUGACCCUGGGCUUGGCCGGGUUCUGUGGGAGCAUGGCCUCUGGGCAUCUCUUCAAGCAGAAGGUCGGGAACGCCGGGCAGGGCCUGGUGCUGACCGCCUGCAGCUUGAGCUGUGCCACCUGCGCCCUUUUCUACAGCCUCUUGGUGCUGAAGGUCCCUGAGUCCAAGGCCAAGCCCAGCAAGGCUGUGGAUACGGUGUCUGGCACGGUGGGCACCUACGUCACCCUGGAUCCUGAUCAGACGGACAGGCAGAGUGUGGCGGGGCACCCUCCACCGCCCGCAAAAGCAAAGCCCAAAACUCCCAUCAUUGCCCUGCUCUUUGCGGGUGCCAUCAUAUAUGACCUGGCAGUGGUGGGCGCAGUGGACGUGAUGCCCCUUUUUGUGCUGAGGGAGCCUCUGAGUUGGAACCAAGUGCAGGUGGGCUAUGGUAUGGCUUCAGGGUACAGCAUCUUCAUCACCAGCUUCCUGGGCGUCCUGGUCUUCUCCCGCUACUUGCAGGACACCACCAUGGUCAUGAUCGGAAUGGUCUCCUUUGCGUCGGGAGCCCUCCUCUUGGCUUUUGCGAAAGAGACAUACGUGUUCUACAUUGCUCGGGCCAUCAUGCUGUUCGCUCUCAUUCCCAUCACAACCAUCCGAUCGGCAAUGUCCAAACUCAUCAAGGGAUCCUCGUACGGAAAGGUGUUCGUCAUCCUGCAGCUGUCCCUGGCUCUGACCGGGGUGGUGACGUCCACAGUGUACAACAAGAUCUAUCAGCUCACCAUGGAGAAGUUCGCCGGCACCUGCUUUGCACUCUCCUCCUUUCUCUCCUUCCUGGCCAUCAUCCCGAUCGGCAUUGUGGCCUACAAGCAAGCCUCGUGGCCGCAGCAUGGAGACGUCGCAGAGAAAUGAAGGUGCUGAUCUGCGGGAGCCGGAGAUGCCAGCGACGGCCGGGCUCCUCUGAAGACCAAGGAAGGGACCAGGAACUAGUGACUGAAGCAACCCAGUGCUCAAGAAACCCAAGUUCCAGCCAGAGUUGGCCUCAGAAUGACUGGCUCUGGCUCAAGGGUCCCUGGUGGGUGGGCAAAAGCACUUUCCUGGUGAUGGAGAAACUUUCUCAGCUUUCAGACAUCACUAUUAGGCAGAGGUUGGGUUCUGCAGACAGUAGAGCGCGAACUUUCAAGGGUGACAUGAAGGCUGCACACACAGCCCUACCAGACACUGAAGCCCUUUUCUUUCAGGAAUGGUCUGGGGGCUCCAACAUAUGGUGACUAGUCCCCCAGGAGUGGGGGAACUCAAAGGCACGUAUUUCGACAGCCUGAGGGGCAUGUGGAAUGGAUGUUUUGUAAGAACUGCCUACCGGGAACAUCAGUCAGUAUUUUUUAAAUUAAAGUAGAAACUUGGAAAAAAGUUAGCUUUCUUCCCUGAGGCCUUGUUAGCUGUGAACAACUCCAGAGAAAUCUGGAGCUCAGGCAUUUGACUUCAGGGUAGUUUUGUUGUUACUGUUGUUUUUAAGAAGCAAAGAGCAAAAGGCUUUUUUCAAGGGACUAUAAUUGGAUACUUUCAGUCAACAGUAUUUCCCAAAGUGAGAGAUGUGAAGGGAGAAGGGUGAUAUACUAAGAGCCAUUUUAUUUUCAGGUACUUAUUUUUAUAGCCUAUUUUAAUUAUGUGUAUAAAAGACUCACCUCCUAACAAAAUCAACAUUCACAGCAUGCGUGUGUGAAUCACUCUUUGGUCAGGUUCCCACUAGAACCCAGACAUGGCAUUCUUAGACUAGGGUAAAACUUCAAGCUAGAGAAGGCAUUUAAAUCUCAGAGCAUUUGCGCUGAUCUGUAUUGCUGAUCCCUUGUAGGGACUGGUCAAAACUUCACAGCAUAUCUCCUAAGGCCCCAGCAGCACACUAGGUGCUGAGAUACAGCGAGAACACUACCGCUCCUGCCCUACCCGUGUAUUAUCCAAUGACUGGGGCAGACAGAACAGCAGGCAAUGGCAUAUCCUAUAAGCAACAGCAACAUAAGGGAGCACAUAAUCCAGAUACAAGAGUGCAGGCAGGGCUUCUCAGAAGCAGUGGUAAAUGAUAAGACUGGAAAGAUAAAGAGUUACCAAGGCCGAACUUCGAGGGACAUUCCAGGCAGAGGAACACGCUGGAAGGCCUGAAGGUGAAAAUAUCGCCAAAUAUAGGAAAUCAGUGUGAGGGGAGAAAAGAAGGACAGAGGGAGCGGUAUUCAGGGGGGUGGAAUCAACAGGUGAGAUUGGAACAGUGAGGAGGAACAACAUUAAGAUAGAGCCUUUAAAACCAUAAACAAGACAAGAAGAAAACCCUCAGAAUGGGAGAAAAUAUUUGCCAAUGAAGCAACUGAUAAAGGAUUAAUCUCCAAAAUAUACAAGCAGCUCAUGCAGCUUAAUACCAAAAAAGCAAAUAACCCAACCCAAAAAUGGGCGGAAGACCUAAAUAGACAUUUCUCCAAAGAAGACAUGCAGGUGGCUAACAAACACAUGAAAAGAUGUUCAACAUCACUAAUUAGAGAAAUGCAAGUCAAUGCCACAAUGAGGUAUCACCUCACACCAGUCAGAAUGGCCAUCAUCACAAAAUCUAGAAACAAUAAAUGCUGGAGGGGUGUGGAGAAAAGGGAACUCUCCUGCACUGUUGGUGGGAAUGUAAGUUGGUACAGCCACUAUGGAAAACAGUAUGGAGGUUCCUCAAAAAACUAAAAAUAGAACUACCAUAUGACCCAGCAAUCCCACUCCUGGGCAUAUACCCAGAGAAAACCAUAAUCCAAAAAGAAACAUGUACCACAAUGUUCACUGCAGCACUAUUUACAAUAGCUAGGACACAGAAGCAACCUAAAUGCCCAUCAACUGAUGAAUGGAUAAAGAAGAUGUGGCACAUAUAUACAAUGGAAUAUUUCUCAGCCAUAAAAAGGAAUGAAAUCGAGUUAUUUGUAGUGAGGUAGAUGGACCUGGCUUACAAGAGAAAAACAAAUACCGUAUGCUAACUCUAUUAUACGGAAUCUAAAAAAUGGUACUGGUGAACCCAGUGACAGGGCAAGAAUAAAGAUGCAGAUGUAGAGAACAGAUUUGAGGACAUGGGGUGGGGGGGCGAAGGGGAAGCUGGGAUGAAGUGAGAGAGUAGUAUUGACAUAUAUACACUACCAAAUGUAAAAUGAUAGCUACUGGGAAGUUGCUGCAUAACACAGGGAGAUCAACUCAAUGAUGGGUGAUCAAGUCAAAGCCACAAUGAGGUAUCACCUCACACCAGUCAGAAUGGCCAUCAUCACAAAAUCUGGAAACAACAAAUGUUGGAGAGGAUGUGGAGAAAAGGGAACUCUCUUACACUGUUGGUGGGAAUGUAACUUGGUACAGCCACUAUGGAAAACAAUUUGGAGGUUCCUUCAAAAACUACAAAUAGAACUACCAUAUGAUCCAGUAAUCCUACUACUGGGCAUAUACCCAAAGAAAACCAUAAUCCCAAAAGAAACAUGUACCAUAAUGUUUAUUGCAGCACUAUUUACAAUAGCCAGGACAUGGAAGCAACCUAAAUGCCCAUCAACAAACAAAUGAAUAAAGAAGAUGUGGCAUAUAUACACAAUGGAAUAUUACUCAGCUAUAGAAAGGGAUGAGAUGGAGCUAUAUGUCAUGAGGUGGAUAGACCUAGAGUCUGUCAUACAGAGUGAAGUAAGUCAGAAAGAGAAAGACAAAUAUUGUAUGCUAACUCACAUAUACGGAAUCUAAAAAUGGUACUGAUGAACUCAGUGACAAGAACAAGGACGCAGGUGCAGAGAAUGGACUGGAGAACUCGAGGUUUGGGAGGGGGCGGGGGGUGAAGGGGAAGCUGAGAUGAAGCAAGAGAGUAGCACAGACAUAUAUAUACUACUAACUGUAAAACAGAUAGCCAGUGGGAAGUUGUUGUAUAACAAAGGGAGUUCAACUCGAGGAUGGAAGAUGCCUUAGAGGACUGG